AUGGUCCAAUUAUAUUAUCACGAUGAUAAAGAUGAAAUCGAUUUCAGAGAACCGCACAAUUCAGGGAGAAAUGCAAGUUUUAAAGAUGCUGAAAGAUUAGGGGUAUACUAUAAAUACUGUGAAACCAUCGACCAAGUCAAUGAACUUGCCAAGGAGAGAAACUAUAAAAACAGAGAUACUGUUAACAUUUGUUUAGAGAGUUUUAACAAUGAUGAAAGUGCAAUGAUGGAUAAAUUAAAUAUGUUCUACACUGAACAUUUACAUGAAGACGAAGAAAUCAGGUACUGUCUUGACGGUUCAGGGUACUUUGAUCUGAAAACCACCGAUGACAAAGACUGGAUAAGAGUUAAAGUCGACAAGGGAGAUUUGCUGAUAGUUCCAGCCGGUAUCUAUCAUAGAUUCACCUUGACAAAUGACAAUUACAUCGAGGCCCUGAGAUUGUUUAAAGACCAACCAAAAUGGGAGGCAAUUGGUAGACCAACUGCCGACAGCUUGCCAAUUCGUAAAGAAUACAUAUCCCAACACCAAUGA